AUGAGCCGCCCGCUCUCCUUAUUGCUGGAGAUGAGAUUUAACCCUGUGUGCGCCCUACUCCAAUCUAACCGUAUCCAUACAGCGCACGUUCCUUUAAUCCUGUGAGCACACGCAGAUACCAUACGCCGGUUAAUACUUUUACUAAUUACGCAGUACACCGGCUAAUACUCAUACUGUUACCCGGGUAUUAUGGCUCAGUACACCGGCUAAUACUCAUACUGUUACCCGGGUAUUAUUACUCAGUACACCGGCUAAUAAUCAUACUGUUACCUGGGUAUUAUUGCUCAGUACACCGGCUAAUACUCAUACUGUUACCCGGGUAUUAUGGCUCAGUACACCAGCUAAUACUCAUACUGUUACCCGGGUUUUAUUGCUGAGUACACCGGCUAAUACUCAUACUGUUACCCGGGUAUUAUUACUCAGUACACCGGCUAAUACUCAUACUGUUACCCGGGUUUUAUUGCUGAGUACACCGGCUAAUACUCAUACUGUUACCUGGGUAUUAUUGCUCAGUACACCGGCUAAUACUCAUACUGUUACCCGGGUAUUAUUACUCAGUACACCGGCUAAUACUCAUACUGUUACCUGGGUAUUAUUGCUCAGUACACCGGCUAAUACUCAUACUGUUACCCGGGUAUUAUUACUCAGUACACCGGCUAAUACUCACUGUUACCCGGGUAUUAUUACUCAGUACACCGGCUAA